AUGGCUAUGCCGCCGGUGUUCGUGAAGGUGGACCACAUCUAUCCCGGCACGAAAGGCCACACGCUCCUCGCCAAGGUGCUAACCUCCAAGACCAAGACCGUCCGCCUUAAGACCUGCGCCGGUCGGGCAGCCACGCAGAGGAGGAUCGAGUGCCUCAUCGGGGACGAGACUGGCUGCAUCCUCUUCAACUCACCCGACGACUAUGUUGACGUUUUGAAGCCCGGAAACACUGUUAUUCUUCGAAAUGCAAAGAUUGAUAUGUCCAAAGGAAUAAUGAGGCUCCUUCUUGACAAAAGGGGCCGUGUUGAAGUGACUGAACCGGCAAGCUUCGAUGUAAAGGAGGACAAUAAUCUCUCACUGGUGGAGUAUGAACUCGUUUCUGUUUACGAGUGA